CUUCGGUCUAGCUUCCAUUCAUCCUUAAGCCAAAUUUUCGUUACAAGUUUUUUAGAAAUCUAGAUCUAGAUCUAGAAAUCUAGAUCUAGAAAUCAGUGUUCAAUAUUCCUAGAGAGAUGUUCAAGCAAAGUUUCACUGAUCUCACCAAACUGCCAAAGGACAAGGUCCGCUUGUGGCUAGAUUCCAUAAAAUCGGUGAUCUGUGAUGCUGACGGAGUACUUUGGCACUUGGACAAAUCCAUUGAGGGCGCUGUGGAUAUCUUCAACGAACUGGGCAAUUCUGGUCGAAAUAUAUUCAUUGUGACCAAUAAUGCGGCAAUCUCAAGGGCGGACUUUCACAAAAAGGCCUCUAAUUUUGGCAUGAAAGUAGAUAAAGAUCGUAUCCUGACCUCGGCAUACUCGUGUGCCCAUUUUCUGUCCGCCAAAAAGUUCCAGAAAAAGGUGUUCUUCAUGGGGGAGUAUGGGAUUCAAUACGAGCUGGAGAACGCAGGUCUGUGUUGCUUUAAAGAGGAUGAGAAGUUGAAAAGACCGAUGCAGGAGUUUGUCAAGAAUUUAAAGUUGGAUCCCGAUGUGGGUGCGGUGGUGGUGGGUCGAGAUGAAUGCUUUAACAUGGCCAAAGUGGUGCGUGCUGGCUCAUAUCUACAGAAUCCCAAGGUGAUCUUCCUGGGCACCUGCUUGGAUGCUGCCUAUCCCAUUUGCGAAAAUCGUGUAAUGGUUGGUGCCGGUGCCAUGGUGGCAGCUAUUAAGACUUUUACAGGACGAAUGCCGCUGGUGAUGGGGAAACCCAAUCCCUGGAUGGUGGACAAGCUGAAGGGUCUCAUUGAGCCGAAGAGUACUUUAAUGGUGGGCGAUACACUCCAAACGGACAUUCUGUUCGCCAAGAACUGUGGCUUUCAAUCCCUCUUUGUGGGCACUGGGGUCAAUAGCCGGAAGGAUGUGGCCAAGAUCAUUGACGAGAAUGACCCCCAAAAGAUGGACCGAGUGCCGGAUACAUAUCUGCCCAGUUUUGGCCACUUGCUGGAGUUUCUGCGAUAGUGCCACAACAGCCUGUGGCCUCAUACAAAUUGUAAAUUAGCAUUUGCCUCCUCGAUUCCUGCAUAAAAUCAAUAACACUAAAGCGGCCUGCUUUCCAGUGUCAGCCACAAACAGAAAUCUGGUGGCAUUGUCGGGUUUCGUUCCCUUGUCAAAUGUCGAACACUUGCAGUCCAGUUCUCUCCCACAGCAAAUGUCAGAGGCGGGUGGCCGCCGUGGAGUCGACACUUCAUCGCCAUCAGCGGCAACCAUGACCAACGGAUGUGGCUUGGGACGGCUGCUUUUGGUCCCCCAGCACUGGGAAAAAAUAUAAAUAUAAGAAACUUAUAUCUAAUCUUGAUAGCAUAAAUUUAAUAUUGAUUGGUUUUUGCUUAAUUUGUUUAAUAAAAUCUU